CAUUUUUUAAGUAUUUCUAAUUCAAAAUAUUUUUGGUUUGUUUGCAAUGGACGAAAUCAAAAACCACAAUAAUGCAAUUAAUGAUUUUGUUGAAAUGUUAUCUUCUAGAGUUCCGUGAAUGUUUCUACUUGUUUGCACGGUCCGGUCAAAUCACGUCCCUGGACGAGUUGACAGUGGUGAUGAGAUCACUAGGAAUGAGCCCUACGAUUCAAGAGCUUACUGGUUAUUUAAAAGGAAAAGGUGGCAAGAUGUCUUUUGCUGAUUUCUUAGAGGUCAUGCAUAUACAUUCAAGAGCUGAAAACCUGCCUAGUGAGGUGAGAUACUUAAUAAGAUUUUUUUUUUAUGGUAUAGGCGGCAGACGAGCAGACGGAUCACCUGAUGGUAAGUGAUUACCGUCGCCUCCACUAGAUGGCGACUCUAGCAAAAGUUGAUUUUUGCAGGAAACGAAUGGACCAAAGACAGUCGUUUCCGUUCCUUUUAACUGACAUAUUAAAAAACUGAAAUUUGCAAAGUUCGAAACUUAGAUAUCAAUACAAAUACGAAAAAGUACAAAUAAAAUAAGAGUUUUGAAAAUUAAUUUACUUUUAAGCAUGAAAGAAGACCGGACCGGGUUGUCAUGGAGAAAUCAAGAACGUACCGAAGCAACAUCUAGUUUGAUUUCGGGAACUCAUGUUUUUUUUUUUAAUACUACCUCAUUGUUUGAAUGAUAAAGAAACAAUGAAAACUUAGCUGAACCCGUCAUAGAUUGCAGUUAGCAUUCGACUCUUAUUUGACAUCUGCUAUCUCAAAAAGCUGUAGCAUGAAGUUCGUGAAUAUCUUUAAAAAUUUAAUGUGUAUGAAAAGAUUUUUUAAGUGUAGGUAUUAUAUAUAGAUCAGGCCCUGGAACUAAUAUUACAUUCAAUAGUACUUACCGAACUAUGAGAACUACUACAAUUAAUAUAGGAAUGACGACAAUUUUUGUUUGUUUGUCCGUCAGAUAGAUUGUUGAAAAAGAUUAAACCCAUAUUUUUUAUUUUUUUCGUAAUCAUAAAAUGACGGCGUUACAUUGAGUUGAAAUUUCGCAUGACGUCACGCUAUGGUACGUUUUCUACUCAACUGUGACGUAGCGAACCCCCACUCCUCAACUUUAAUGCCUGUUAUCUAAUCUAUUUCUUGUUAAAUCAAAUAAAAAAAAAAUACGUAUCUAAUAUUUUUCUAUUAUCUGACUGACGGACUAAAAAGAUUUUUUUUUUUUACCCAGUCAUCAUCCGUAUUAUCUCGAGUUUGGGUGUGAUGUUGGUGUAUAUAUUUAUUGCCAGGUGGUGAAUGCUUUUAAGGCAGGCGACGGGAAUAGGGCAGGCGUGAUCCCGGCGAGACAACUCCGUAACCUGCUGCAGAAUUGGGGCGAAGGCCUAUCCGCUAGAGAGGUAUACAAGACUAGCUUUCCGUCAGUGUCCAUAUAAACUUCACACCCCCUAUUUCAGCCCCUUAAGGGUUGAAUUUUUUAAAAUCCUUUCAUAGUCCUCACUUACAUUAUGAAAAGAAGCCCUGUAGUAAAUUUUAUAUUUUUAAGUAGAGCAGUUCCGGCUGUGCAUUAGUAUAUAAGUCAGUCUGGUUUACUUUUUUAAUCUAAUUCAAAAUUUAAAAAAGUGUUAAAUACUUAUCUUAAAAGCGGUUAAAUGUUUUAAGAAACAUAAAAGUCGGGCGAUUAAUACUUCAUCAUCAUCAUCACCAGUCCUUUUACGUCCCCACUGCAGGGGUUCAGGCCUACCUUAUGGAUGGUUAAGGAGGAUGGGCUCCACGCUGGCCCAAUGCGGAUUGGAGGGUAUUGACGACUGCAAAUGCAGCCGGAACCAAGUUCCUUCCGAAGUACGGAGUAGCUCGAGAUAAUAUUUUUUUGGUCACCCAUCCCGUGGGCGACCCUUGCGAAAGUUGCUUAACGACUACGAUCGCGGGCCGCGGCGCUUAUCCACUACGCCACCGAACUACUUUAAUAAUACCUAUUAUAUAAAAAUAUUAAUAUCACUAAAAAUAAUAAAACUUAAAGCGAUGAGAAACCAACUACAUUUAAUCUACAGUAAACCUCCACCCGAUUUCCAUAGCAUUUUCUUGAAUAAGUCACUUUCGAGAUAAGUAUUAUUUAUCACUUUGAAUAAAGGUUGAAGUUGGUUCUACUUUUUUAAAGUUUUCACUUAAUUUUGAAGGCAGUUUAUUUUUUGAAAAAUGAAAUCAUUUCCUAUGUAUUUUCAGACGAUUGUUUCCUAUGUUUUUCGAUACCCAUUUAUUUAUCUUUGAAAUACUGUACUAUGUAUGAAACAUAUCUCGAUCGCUAGAUCGUUGGACCUCUCGAGUAUGUGAAGUGAAGCGCAAUCGCACCGAGUUGGAUUAGUGUGGAUAAGACAAUGUAGCUCGGUGGCGUAGUGGAUAAGCGCCGCGACCUGCGAUCGUUGUCGUUAAGCAACUUUCGCAAGAAUCGGUCACGGGAUGGUUGACCAAAUAAUAUUAUCUCGAGCUACUCUAUGCUCCGGAAGGCUCCAGAAGGACAGUCGUUAAUACCCUCGCAUUGGACCAACGUGGUCUGUCAUGGCUCAUCCUCCUUGACCAUAAAAGCCUGAGACCCUGCAGUGAAGACGUAAAAGGGCUGAUGAUGCAGAUAUUGUUAAAUCCCCUCCCUCCUAAAUCAUCUUGUAAUAAAUGGAUGCCAAAUUAAUUAACUUUGCACAGGUGGAUAACAUAUUCCGGGAAGCCAACGUAUCUAACAGUGGCACUGUGCGGUACGAAGAUUUCGUUAAGAUAGCCUGCGCCCCGGUGCCGGACUACUAUUAGAAAAUUUCUAAUAGUAGUCGUAAAAACACCGGUAUUGUAACCGCACAAACAAAAAUGUUUACACGAAAGUAUCCAAGACCAGAGUGGUCCAAGUCACAUGAGCCGUAAUGGCGGAAAAUUCUAUAGUGACCCAAGUAUUCUGGCCCACUAUGCUCUAUUACUAUUGCACUAAGUAUCAAAACGCCAAAACAAAUUUGUUUAACGCCAUCUACGAUUUUAUACUGAAAUGACAUUUGAGCCACUCUGGCUACGAAUUUAGGGGUUUAAAAAGACGCAUUGCCGUGGUCAACUAUAUCGAAAAUUGUGGUUUGGGCCGCUCUGGUUCUGGUGGCCUCAAAUAUAAUAAGUGGUAUCAACGGACUAGCGCGAUUCAGGUGACAAGUAACGCCAUCUAGUAACGGGCAGACGAAUCAUCGCGCCGCUGCGCUCCGUAACAAUAUCAUAUCAUGAGGCUAAUUCUCUAAUUUAAAUCUAUCGCAAUUCCUUUGAAUUUAACAUUCCUAAGAUAUUCACGAACUUUAGGCUACUAUUUGACAUGUGAUAGCUAUUUCAUAGUCUUUUUUUUAACUUGAUUUGAACUUUAUUUUUAAUUUGCCGUUAAUUUAAAUUUUCUAAGGCAAGCGUUAGAUGCUAAUAUUACAUUUACAUUACUAAGAUUAUAUUGUUUCUCGAUCAUUUAAAUCAUCAUUUGUACAGAAAACGCUUGCAAUUAUAAACGUUACAUAAUUCCAUGAAUUGAUGUCAAAAUUGUUAUACUUUUAAAAGGCAUAGCAAUAGAUUUUGAAAUUAGUCAAUUAGGCCACAAAUGGACUAUUAUAAAUCAUAUAUAAAGAGCUCCUAACAUUCCUAAUGAAGUCAAUUUUUAAAUAAAAUAAGUUUAUUUAUAUGUGAAAUUUACAUGGGAUGUUAGUUGUAUUGGGGUCACUGAUCUCAAACGUAUACAUUAACAUGGACAUUCCUCCGGAAUUUAGACAGAAAGUGCAUAAAAAUUAUCUAUAAUCAAAGACUUGAAGUUGCAGCUUUAAAAUAAUGUUCUUAUUUCUUAUUACAGAAUAUAAAGUAUGAUACAAUAAAGUAUUGUUAAUAAUUAACUCUUUCAUGGGACCAAUUAAUUUAUAUAUUUGUUUUUAUUGUAAUCAUGUUACUUGAUUAUUUUCUUAGUUAGUUUUAAUAUAAAAAAAUAUAUCUUAUAUCAAAGUACUUUUCUUUAUCCAAGUACACAUUAUCUAGGUACACACUUCACUUCAAGAUACUACAUAAGUCAACAUUUCUGCAAUUUUGUAUUUGAUUGUCUACACAUUAAGGCUGUAAAUCAAUUAAAAGAAUUUCAAAGUCUAUCCUCAUAUGUUGCCGAUUGUACUUAAGCGUCUAACGCCUAGUUGUACAAACGACUAAUUUGUUUGUUUAAUGGCGACUUUAAGCUCUUCUGAAUGUUGCAAAUUUGAUAAAAUGUAACGGUAAUGUCUCCAAUGACAAUUAGACUUAUAGUCGUUUCCUAGGGUAAGCACCAAACUCGAAAACUCAAAUAUUAUGUAACCGUUGAUGGUAAAUGAUAUGUAUCGCUAUCCAUACACUUCUGUAUCGUUUACAUGUUGCACUGUCUAUUGCUGUACGGGGUGAGAUCAACGUGUACAAAAAAAACGCUGUACAAAACUGGAACGAUACAGAUGUGUAUGCAUCGCGAUACAUAUCGUUUCGACGCUCACGUAAUAUCUGUAUUAUGUUCCAUUAACAAAUAACACUUGAUAUUGAAAUACUUAAGUAUAAUAAUUAUUUAAAAAGGUGAAUGGUAAAUAAAAUAUAUACUUUUUUAUAAUUCAAAUUGGUUUUUUAUUCAUAAACAUAACAAUAUAACAUGAUAUGGCACUAUACAGUAUGGUCCGUAGCUUUUUUAUAUUAAGCCCACUUCGCGCGGUUCUGUUCCAUAUACGUAUGAGAGAUUAUAUUUGUCCCCGUGUUCGUAUGAAACAACUUAAGGCACCAUGCGGUACGGGCUUAAUAUAAACGCGUAUGUCUUUAGUAACGACUGCAAAAAAAGCGACAUUUGAUUUGCGAUCUAAAUGCGACCUUUAACUUAUAAAGUCAUAAAACGUGAUCGUGAUUCCUUUUAUGAGUAACGCAACACCCUGACGUCAUUUAAAAAUAGAAAGUACAGAUAGCACAAAUGCAAUAGAUAAAUUAUUUAUUGGAAUAUUUAUCGAUUAUCCUCAUAAAAGGGUUACGAUUCGCUGUUCUAAAGGUUAAUCAUGAAAUCCUAUUUAAUUAAAAAAAAAACGUAAAUAACAAGACAUUUCCGUUAGCGACUGUACCCGUACAAUAAAGCUGUAAGAGUAUGCGCUACUCGUGCGAUUUCACCAUCACACUAAUGUGAGCCUUUUAAUUGAACUUUGAAACAAUUACAACUUCAUACGUUUAAUUUCGAUUAAGCAAGAGGUCUAUAACGCAAUGUGGUACAUAAAAUGUCGCUUUUCCCUUUCUUAUAUCUAUAAGUAUAUAAAAUAGCUACAUUCCUAUAAAAGCGUUUCUUAAUUUUUAAAUCUUAGAGCGAGUUAUAUCUUGCAGCACGGUAUUGUCUUUUCCCAUUGCCCAUCCUUUUCUAUUGCACUGAACCGUCAUUUGCUAGAGCGAGAAAGAUAGCGUCGCGGAAUCUCGUGGCGAUGGAACACGCUACCUUUCUCGCUCUAACAAAAAGCGGAAAAGGGAAACUGGUUGAAUGAACAUGCUAUAAGAUAUAGGUCAAUCCCUAAAAAUC